UCCGUCCGUCCGUCCGUCCGUCCUGGGGCCGGGGCUGACCAUGCCCAGCGGCUGCCGCCGCCUCCACGUCGUGUGCCUGCUGUGCCUCCUAGGGGCCGCCUGUCCGCCCGCCCGAGCCGAUGACUGCAGCUUACACUGUGACCUGGGCCACGGCUGCUGCGCCCCUGACGGCUCUUGCAGGUGCGACCCGGGCUGGGAGGGGCUGCACUGUGAGCGCUGCGUGAGGAUGCCUGGCUGCCAGCAUGGGACCUGCCACCAGCCUUGGCAGUGCAUCUGUCAGAGUGGCUGGGCAGGCAAGUUCUGUGACAAAGAUGAGCACAUCUGUACCUCACAGUCCCCCUGUCAGAACGGGGGCCAGUGUGUGUACGACGGGGGCGGCGAGUACCACUGCGUGUGCCUGCCAGGCUUCCACGGGCAUGACUGCGAACGCAAGGCCGGCCCCUGUGCACAGGCAGGCUCCCCAUGCCAGAACGGCGGGCAGUGCCACGACGACCGGGGCUUCGCCCUCAACUUCACGUGCCGCUGCCUGGCGGGCUUCGUGGGCGCGCGCUGCGAGGAGGACGUGGACGACUGCCUGAUGCGGCCUUGUGCCGACGGCGCCACCUGCCUGGACGGCGUCAACCGCUUCUCCUGCCUCUGCCCCGAGGGCUUCGCCGGCCGCUUCUGCACCGUCAACCUGGACGACUGUGCCAGCCAGCCGUGCCGCCGAGGGGCGCGCUGCCGGGACCGCGUCCGCGACUUUGACUGCCUCUGCCCCAGCGGCUACGGUGGCAAGACUUGCGAGCUUGUCUUGCCUGCCCCGGAUCCGGCCGCCGUGAUGGACGCCCCCCUCGGGCCCACCUCGGCUGCGGUGGUCCCCGCGACGGGGCCGGCCCCGUACAGCGCAGGGGCGGGCCUGCUGCGGAUCUCGGUGAAGGAGGUGGUGCGGAGGCGGGAGGCCGGGCUGGGCGAGUCCGGCCUGGUGGCCCUGGUGGUGUUUGGGGUCCUCACGGCAGCCCUGGUCCUGGCUACCGUGCUGCUGACCCUGAGGGCCUGGCGCCGGGGCCUCUGCCCCCUGGAGCCCUGCUGCCACCCCGCCCCACGCUACGCGCCGGCUCGGCGGGACCGGGAGUGCCAGGUGAGCAUGGUGCCAGCGGGGUUCCCCCUGCCCCCCGACCUGGCCCCCGAGCCUGGGAAGACCACGGCACUGUGACGGGGUUGGGGUCUUCCCGGCCCCUUCCCGCACCUCCACACCUCAGACCGGAGUAGUCCUCGCUCCCCACCCCUCGGCUCCGGAGACACGCCGAGGGGACUUCAGCCUCACACCAGAAAUACUAUUUUUUUAAUCCACAGAAUGUAAGAUAGGAAUUUUAUCAAAUAAAACUAU